AGCGUUUAAACGACAUGUCUGAGGGAGAGAAAGCACGAACUGAAAACUCAAAAAAUAUAGACGAGGAAGAAAAUAUGCAGCUCAAUACAAUGAAGAUACCAUUUCCUCAGUGGAAACUUUUAGACCUCAACCAAAUGAAGAACUUGCUUGAUCUGCCUGUGGAAGAAGUGCAGUUACAGUUUAAGGGUAUACUUGAUUUGAAAAACUACCAGACGUGUAUGAAAGAUGCUGCUCUGUUGGAUUAUUUUGUCAAUGGAUUUUGGUGGGCCAAGGAGAUGAACUUCAACUGUCCACAAAUCUCAUUUAUCAUGGCACUUUUACAGCAGUUACUGGACAACAUAUCAAAUAAACAGGCAUCAUUUGCUGAUAAUGUCAAGGUAUUUACUCAGACAAUGGAUGUCACCGGACACCAGUCAUCAUCAUCAGCAGAGACUGAUGCCAUUGUUUUAUUUGAUGCUGUCCAGAUCAGAUCCAUCACAGAUUACUUCAGGAAUGGUGUUUUCCAGCAUUACAGAUUAUAUGAAUCACUGUUCACUCACCGAAAACAGCAGCAACUCGUGAGUAUAGAGAAAUGCAUUGAAGUGGUCACUCCGUUUGAUUUUGUUCCACCGCUGGAGGAGGGCAUGCCCGCUGAUCUCUAUUUCCAAUAUGUGGCUCCACCUCGCGUCCAAACGCCCGAGCAGGAAUCUCUCGAGCAGAAUCCUGGAAAAGCUGAGCUGGAAGAAAAUGAUGAGGACCAGACAGACUUUAAUGUAGGAGAUGUACGAGAUGUGCUAGAGGAAAUUACACAAGAGAUGUUAGCACAACUACAGGCGGACUUCACAGAGAAGCUGCAAGCUCAUGAGGAGAUCUACACCUCGAGGUUAGAGCGACUUCAAGAAGUCCUGCUGAGAGGACCGGACAAUUUCCCACCAGUACCCACUCAUUCAGUCAGAGGAAAGAAAGUAAACCCAGCAUAAGAGCAUUGAAUCACACAGUCCAAAACUUCCCCCAAGAUUUGAUUAAGGUCUAUAUCAAGGGUAAUAGCUUGAACAGUUUCUGCAACAUUGAUAAUAAAACGAGUGUUAGGGCGACGCUUUCGAUUUAUUCAGCGAGAUAAAAUGAUGAAUACGAAAUGCAGGUUAGUCAUGGCAGUCAAGGAGAAAAGUGAAUGUGUAAUUAAGUUGUUUGUGAAAUGUUUUUGUGCACCGUUCCCACAAGUCAUUCGCUGUUUAAACGCAGCCCAGCACUAUGGCAACACAGUGUAACUCAGACUAAAGAGCUGAGUUGCCAUAAAAAGUGAUGUAUUAUUAAAGCUGAAUAGUUACUUUUCCAGCGCAUUUGAGAAAGCCCACAUAAAACUAUAAAUACACCCUGCAAUAUAUACUAUAAAAGAGUGCUGAUCGUUUUUUUUUCCAUUUCAAAGCACCAUUAUUUGCACAAUGUUGAGUCUGCAUAUACAGUGCCAGAGAUUAUUAGUGUUAUAUCAAAUCAGCCUCAUAGGAAAACUCACAUAACACUUUUGAUCUUUAUGCUCAAACAGGUUAUGAUUAAUGGUGAAAAACAGGUCUGAUUGAAUCAGCACAAUAUUAAAUUACAGCAAUUUUCCUUUAUGUGUCUCUUGUUUUUACGCCCUGUUGAUUUAGCUCUUCAUUAGCUUGCCGCCCCCAUGUUGACUUGUUGCGGUGAAGUUAGCAGCUCAGUUUGCGUGCCUUGAGAAACAUGUUUAAACACUUUAAGUGCUCUUUAUGUUCCCAAACUGAUUGAUUCUGUGGCAGGAGUAAGAUGACCUUUCAGUACACAAACAAUAAACAGUGGUGGAUUACAGAUGACCUGUAUCCUCCUCAAAGUAAUGACAACUUUUAAGGAAUUGUUGAGUUUCACUUUCAUUCAUGAAGCAUUUCAAAACAUGCAUGACUGCAUUGAUUUGUCCUUUAAAGGUGAAUUGCGUAAUUUCUGUGCUAGCGACAGCAUACCAAAUAGUGAACAUAAUUCUUAUCCCGGCACACCACAAACUCAUAACAUUAGUUGAGUCAAUGU